AUGAAAUCGAAGAGUUCAGUUAUAGCAACGUCAAACUUCUCCGCUUCAAGUUGCCGUAGAAGCUCUUUGUUGUCCAGGGUUUCUGACACUGUCAUGUACGCGAUGCGGGUUAAUGUUGGUAAGAACACACAAUUAUUAGCUGGGUAAGAACUUUGAAAUGUGUACGAAACGAAAAGACUCACAGAUAAUAUUCCGAAGGGAUUUUUUGGAUUAUCGGUCCAUAAAUUUCUCCUCACAGCACCUGCCAGAUGUUGCUUGACGCUUUCCUUGAGUUCUAUGGAUGGAUUGAUUUGGACGAGACGAGACUUUGUGGUGCCAUUGCCCACGAGAUUCACAUUAAGGAAAGGUUGGAGUGCGACCAUUUUGCGAAGAACUUGUUCAGAGCAGAAGGUAGUUGAAUGA